AUGUCGCCGAAUACCGUGCCAACUAAUGGGUUUCAGAUAGAGGAGAGUGAACAAUAUUAUACACCUUCAUCUAAUGAAGUAAAUGCUGAAACACGGCUCAGGGAUCACAUAUCUGCCAUGUAUAAUGUCAACUUUGGUCAGUUAUUUUGAUAUUUCUGGUUUUAGGGAAAGCCUAAUGCUUGUUUUUCUUAUGAAUCAUGGGUUUAAGAUUGUGAAAUGUUAAAAUUAAUGGAAUAAACGUAGUAUUGAUGUUAUAGACAACUACGAAGACUGGUACACAUGGACACACACGAACUACAUAAUGUUUUGGGAAGAAAUUCUUCAAGAAUGUGAUGUAAAGCUACAUGAUAAUUACGAAAAGAUUGUUGAAGAAGGUGUAUCAAUGGAAAAAGUGCCAAAAUGGUUCCCUGGAGCUACUUUGAACUAUGCUGAGAAUUGUUUGAAGAAUGGCAGGGAUGAUAAGGUGGCCUUUAUUGAGUACGGUAUGUUACAGUACUGUUUUUAUUGAAAUAUUUGUUUAAAAAUACAUAUAAUAAUUUUAUUGAAAUAUGGCAACAUAGAAAAUUAACGAAGGUAAUGUAAAAAUAAUUAGUUAUUAUUUUUUAAAAUAUUAGGUAUAUAAGUUAAUUACUUUAAACGUUUUACUUAAUGAUAUGAUUUUCAGAAGUAACAGGGAAUCAGAAGGCAUAUACCUACAAAGAGUUACGUAAUCAUGUAGCUUCGUUAGCUGAUUCUCUAAAGAAUAAGUUUAAAGUAGUAAAGGGAGAUCAUAUUUGUGGUUACCUACCUAACGUAUAUGAAACAGCAGUAGCCAUGUUAGCUACUGCUUCUUUGGGAGGCGUUUGGUCAUCUUGUUCUACUGACUUUGGGCCUACUGGGGUGUUGGAUAGAUUUGCACAGGUUUGUGUUUUAUAUUAAUGUAGGUAAAAGUUGGGAUUCACAAAUAUAAUGAAGUUUUGUAUAUUGUACAUUAAAAAUCAUAUUUUAGUUUUUUACAGAAAAAUAAAAAAAAUAUGUCAUUUUAGAUCAGCCCAAAAGUGUUAUUUGUGGUGGACAAGACCUCAUAUAAAGGAAAACAUCAUAGCUUGGUGGCCAAUGUAAACGAGAUUGUAAAGGGAUUGGGAACAGCUGUCAAUGCAGUAGUGGUACCUCAAUUUGACAGAGAAACUGACUUUACAGCAUUCGAAGACACAGAUCAAUAUCAUAGUUACAAUCAACUCAUUGCCGGUAAAGAUAAUGUAAAAUUAGAGUAUACACUAGUGCCAUUUCAUCAUCCAUUGUUUGUUAUGUUUUCAAGUGGUACUACUGGAGUACCUAAGGGUAUUGUUCAUACUGUUGGGGUAAGUUUUUAAUGCUAAAUUGGUUUAACGUGUUUUAAAUUGUUUAAGUAUUGUAUGGUGGCAUACAGUAAAGUACUCGAUUAAGUAUUCGUUAUAGAAUAUUAUACUACAAGAUCUGACUGUAUUUAUAGUAAUAUUUCCCUUUAGGGUGUGCUGCUAAAACACGUUGAAGAACAUAUAAUACAAACAAACAUGACCGAAGAAGAUACGAUCUUCUUCUACACGACUUGUGGAUGGAUGAUGUGGAAUUGGCUGAUGACGGUAUUAUACACGGGUGCUACUAUAGUACUGUACAACGAAUCACCUCUAGAACCUCAGGACAUAUUGCUCAAGAUAGUCAGCGAAACCAAGGCUACGAUAUUGGGAAUGGGAGCUAAGAUCUAUGACGAAUACGCCAAAAGUGGCAUUGACUACAGUCAGUUUUUUAAUUUCUAAAAGGUCAUUUUAAAGUUUAAAAAUUGAAAAAAACUUGCUUUUGUGAUCUAAAAAUGUAAAACUAUAUUAAAUACUUUGUUUCAGAGAAGAUCCACUCGUUAUCUCAACUUCGACUUAUAUUAUCGACCGCUUCACCCCUAAAGGCAUCUACGUUCAAAUACCUGAACGAGAAGAUCCGACCUCAAGUUGUGAUAGGAUCAAUCUCUGGAGGUACUGACAUUGUCGGCUGUUUCAUGGGAGCUACUCUGAAUCGACCGGUCGUUCCAGGGGAAUGUCAACACUUUUAUCUGGGACUAGACAUGGUGACAUACAACGAGAAGGGAGAGACGGUAGAAGACGAGAGAGCUGAGUUAGUCUGUCGGAACCCUUUCCCAUCGAUGCCUCUUAAGUUUGUUAAUGAUGACGAUGGGCAGAGGUACUUCAAUGCCUACUUCAAUAAGUACAAGGGAGUCUGGACCCAUGGAGACUUUGUUUUAGUCGAUUCGAGGACGAAAGGAUCUACUAUCUUUGGACGGAGUGAUACCACGUUGAACAGAGGAGGGGUCAGGAUAGGAACGGCAGAGAUUUACGCGGUGGUCGAAAAGUUUGCAGAAGUCACGGAUUCUCUGGUUAUUGGGGUUGUGGAGUAAGUAAAGAUUACUUUUAGAGUACGAGACAUAGUUGAAUGUUAAUGUUCUAAAAUGAACUUUAGUAGCAUCAUGAAGCUGCUACAUUUGUUAUGAUAUAACUGUAUGACAUUCUAGUCCUCAAGAUGAGACCAAUGAGAAUGUGUUAUUGUUCGUUAAGCUGGCAGGAAACGAGAAGUUGACUCCAGAACUUACGAAAACGAUAAAGGCUACAUUAAGGAGUAGAAUGUCGCCUAGACAUGUCCCGAAUGAAAUAUUCACUAUAGAUGACAUUCCAUAUACGAACUCGGGAAAGAAGGUGGAGCUGGCUGUCAAACAAGUCCUUCAGAAACAAACGGUAAGUGACGCUUGAGGUAAAAGUACUGUAAAGUAGGGCUGUACAUAACUGCAUACAGUGAAGUUUAUUUGUAAAGGCUCCUUAUACCUUGUGGUAUAAUAUAUUUUAGUUUUUGAGGAUAAUGUACGACAUUUUCAGGUAAAGAACAUCAACUCACUUAGAAACCCUGACUCAUUAAAGUUGUUUGAACCAUAUGCUACGGCUUAA